ACGGAAAGUCUUGGAAUGGAAACUGGGAAAAUACCAGACUCUGCCAUCACGGCUUCCACAUUUUGGGGCUCUGGCACUAAGCCACAUUUCUCCAGAUUAUACUUGCAAGCUGUUUCAAAUCACCAUCAUGGAGCUUGGCUUGCGAGAAAUCAAGAUCAAAACCAGUGGCUCCAAGUAAAAUUUGCUCAACGAGUUGAAAUAAGACGUGUGGCGACACAAGGAAGACCAAACAGUGACCAAUUAUACUUGCAAGCUGUUUCAAAUCACCAUCAUGGAGCUUGGCUUGCGAGAAAUCAAGAUCAAAACCAGUGGCUCCAAGUAAAAUUUGCUCAACGAGUUGAAAUAAGACGUGUGGCGACACAAGGAAGACCAAACAGUGACCAGUGGGUGAAAAGCUACAAGCUAAACUACAGCUCUGAUGGCUUGCUGUUUUAUCAAUAUCGAACCAACAAAAAUCAAACUGUAUUCAUUGGCAACUCAGAUAGAUAUAUGGUGGUAAGCAACGCGCUUGCGAACCCGCCAAUCGUUUCCCAGUAUGUUCGUGUUCUACCUGUUACGUGGUACAAUUACAUUUCAAUGAGAGUUGACUUUUACGGCUGCAUUCCAGGUAAGGUGAUACAGCAGAUAUAUCAUGAUAAUUUACAGUUAUCUGAUAACGCAAAACAUGAUUCUUUAAGAUCUCUUUUGUCUGUAGAAGCCUUGCUCGUGGAUGGAGCGCCUUCCUUGGGUUUUCAUUGCAAUAACUUUUUUCCGUUUAUUAGAUAGCCCUCGGCUUUCUCUACAAGGAACAGAUAUUUUGACGUCAUAAUUUAAGCGCCCGCCAUCUUGGAUUUCAUUGUUUUCUUAGAAACUCAGGAAAUAACGUAAAUUCAUGGAUAAUUGGUUCAAAAUGUAAUAAAAUGUAAGAAAUAGUAAUUCCGUGAUACUGGUCAAGAAAACUAGAAAAUAAACCCAAACAAUUUUGCCCAAAAGAUGAAAUCUGUCUUGAAAUCUGACAUCUCAAAAUGCUAUUACAUUACCAUGGAAAUAUAAAAUGACGUGCAGAGACAACUACCACAUCAAAAAUUCAGGCAGGAAUGAAUGAAAAGCUGUAUAAUAGAGAUUAUAAUAGAAGGCGAGAAAUUUCGGAGAUAUAAUUGGUUGAUAGUACCCCCUAUUUCUGCGCAAUAGUAAUAAAACAGCAAAAAUGGAUAGCAUAACAAGGUUACCAUAACACCAAUGCGCCCAAUUACGUUUCUGCCUUUGUUUAAAAAAAAUGGCGGUAAGAUUCCUGGAAAUUUCAAGGCAGGAAAUACAAA